AUGACUCAAUACACCACCCACGACUUCACAAUGACCUCCCACCAACUUCAAGGAGCCUUAUUAAUCAGGCAGCCUUCGCAGGCCGGCAUCGACGCCCUCUGCCACCCUCGCACCCCUGCACGUUAUCUCCACGCAGGCUUGAAAAUGGACAGGCUCGUCUGCCGGGAGACACAGAAUAAAUUUAAAGACCUAGCUCUUCGUCAUAUCGAUUUUUCGAUACCAUACUUGGAGCAGCCUCAAGAGAGGAUAGAAUACUUCAAGCGCGAGGUCCUGCUCGAUCCAGAAUUGUCGCACCUGACGUGGUAUGAAGACGGCUGGGCUGUCGACGUCUUUUUGAGGAUACUUUACCACAGACCACGUCCAAUGAGCAACCUUCAGGAGCUGGAUCUUUGGGGUACACAGGUUUUUCCUAUGAGUCAAAGGCCACCAACCGUUCGCUCUGACAAUCAGGCUAUCCAGCCUGAGGAUGCUCAGGAGCUGGAUCUUUGGGGUACACAGGUUUUUCCCAUAAGUCAAAGGCCAUCAACCGUUCGCUCUGGCAGUCAGGUUAUCCAGCCUGAGGAUGCUCAGGAGCUGGAACGUCGGGGCACACAGCAUGACUGUCCACGUCAAAGGUCAUCAACUGUUUGCUCUGGCAACCAGGUUACUCAGCCUAAGGAUGCUCAGGUAAACACAGUUGAUGAAGAGGCCCCGAUCACCUCCCUGCCGCGCAUAGCUGUCUUAUCUGCCUACCUGGCUUCAAUACCAGGUUUGCACCGCUUUGAUGCGGUUCUCACCCAGGCUGGCCUGUCCACAGACGAGCAUCUGGACCACUUCUUGCAUAUGGCACCUACAUGGAGGGAGAAAUUCAUUACACAAGCACUCACAGAGAACUCAACUUUAUUUGAACGCAUGGUAAUUUUGGAAAUUCUGGAGGGGCUGAAAAACGAAACACUCUAG